AAGACAGCGAACAUUAUUUUUCCCGUCAAGUAACACACAGAAUAGUCUGAGUUUAGAGGCAAAUAGCAUCCGCGUCAGAUUUACUUGACCCAAACCGUUGUUGAUGUCCCUGAUUUUAUAUAUUUGUGUUCAGGCAUAUUAUUCUAACAGGAUAUCAUUUUUAAGAAAAUCUCAAAAGUUAUGAAUAGAGAGCACAGAAUGGUUAAGGAAUACAAAUGCAAGUUAUGCCGUGAAGUCUUCACGACGCUUUCGGAUAUUGCAGGACAUAAAAAAUGCCAUAAAUCAGAUAAUUAUAGCGAUGAAGUCGAAACCGCUUACAAUCUUCUUGUAGAGCAGACUCCUUCACCAUUUUCAAUUGCGGGACCAAGAAAUGAAUGGCAGGCACGAGGAGGAAGCGGCUAUGCUGUUUCGAACCUGCAACCUCCUUUUGCUUUUCUUUAUAAUGCUCAUGGAGAAAAACCAGGGCAUUCCACGACAUUUACAGGGCUAGCUUCGCCUCUAUCUCAGCAAGGCAACUUGUACUUAGGCCUAUCAAGGGGCAAUUUAAACCGAUUUUCUUGCAGUGCACCUGGUAAGAGUAAAGGCAUCAAAUUACGAAUCCCACAAGAUUAUCCUAUUAUUUAUGGCGCUGAUACGCUACGAUUUCAGCCACAAGAUCCUCGGGGUCAGGGAUCUGACUUGGAUUCAGGUCUAUCCCUUGACGUUCACCAUAGGGGCAAAUUAAACCAAAUCGUUACUUACAGAGCACCUGGCAAGGGUAAGGAAAUUAUCUUAGAAGCGCCACAAAAUUAUCCUGUUGUUUCCAGCGCUGAUACACUACGAUUUCUGCCACAACAACAAAUCCGACAAGUGCAAAAUUAUGAGGAUCUUUUCAGGAACGACUCUCAGAAAUUUCAACAAGAAGAAGAUAACGGUUUGAUCUAUUUCCCUCCUGAUAGCAUUCAAAAUGAUAUCAGGGAGGUUUCGCUACAAUUUCAGCAGCAACGAGAUCAUAAUUCUUCUUCUUCUCAUAGCCUUCAGAAUCUUCUCAGAGGUGGUGCACAACGAUUUCAACAACUGCAUCUCAAUUCUCCAUCUUCACAGAAUGUUUUGAGGGACAAUUCACAACAAUUUCAACAACACAGGAGUCAGUAUUUGCCAAAUCUUAGGGAUGAUUUCAAACAAUUUAAACAACAGGAUCAUAAUUUUCUACAUUCUUCAUAUGAUUCUCUGUUAUCAGCGGAUCACUUUUUGCAAGAUGCUUCUCCUGGUAACCUUGAAGAUGUUCUUGGGGUCAGUUCACAACAAUUUGAGCAACAAUGUGAUGACAUUUUCCCGUAUCUUACAGGUGGCCUUAACAGUAUUUUCGAGAAUGGUUCACCAGAAUCUGAGCAACAGAGGGAUCAAUAUUUGCCCCAUAAUGUUAACAGAGGCAACUCAAAGCAAUUUCAGCAGCCAGGACACAAUAACCCUUCUCCUCCUUCGGUUAACAGUUAACCCACAAAACUAUAGCGCACACAUUCGAAUAUUUUUCUGUUACGCUUUUUGACUCGCUGUAAUGGGUGGGUUGUCAGAAUAAUCGAAUCCACCUGGCAUUCUCAUGACUAUUAAGUUCCCGCGGAAGUAUAUAAGAUUAGGCUUACCGUGUAAGCAAAGUCCAUUGUUUGAGAAUUAUUCCUUACACCUAGUCCAACGAUGACAAUAUUUGAAUAUCUCACAGCUUAGAAAAUGAAGAAAUUGCAAUGAGACUAUGUUAUGACCAUCAUUUCUUUGAGGAGAUUUUGUUAAGAUUGAAGAGGUUGACAAAAUGUGCAAUACAUUCUUUGCCGGUCGAAAAAAUGGAGCCAUGGAU